AUGUCUUUAAUCUAUGAGGGAGAUGUUAUCACCGAGUCGCUAGUAGAUAGUGAUGGCCUACCCGAUGCAGAGGAUACCUCUAGCCUGGACCAUAAUAACGAUCCCUUCGCCCACAACCAGGACUCAACCCGCCAACAUGAGGAUGAAGGCGACAAUGGGUGGGACGGCCACCGUUGGGCUGUGGACCACUCCUCAGGGCACCACCGGUUCCGAGCUAGACGCUUCAUCGAAAAGGUCCUCCGAAGUGAUUUCGAGCCAGCCGAUGCUAUCAAGAUGCUACAGGAGAAGCACACUAUUGACUUUGGGUCUCGCGCUGGAGCAUCGUCGGCAAGCCACGCAGCCCCAUCACGAAAAGCGACGGGCCCCGUCUUCGACAACAUCGAGUUCUCUCUUGAGUCAUACGCAGCGCCCUAUAGCGCAAAGCAUAUCGGCGGCAUCCCGUUCGAUAUCACCGGGCGCACGUUCAGGGUCGCCAAGGCUGGUACCCGAGAGGUCUGGUUCGUCGUCAUGCACCCCGUGGCGCACGAGCCGACCUCCAGGGGCGGGGGCCCGCGCGAGAGACAGACGGCCUCAGAGAAGAGCGGGAUGCCGGCUGGGUUAGCCCGCGAGCUGGCUGCAUAUAUCGUCUUCCAGCAGCAGUUCAUGGACGGUUUGGGCUGUCUGGGCCAGCAACCACAACCACAAUUCAUUCUGGCGACGCACGAGCCGGCGUUCCACGCGUAUGACUACGGCGCGAAUAUCGAGAUUCAGGUCAGCGAUAGCAUCUACGACCUGCCGCGCGAGAGGCAUAUACCCUAUGAGGAGGAGGAGGAGGAGGAGGAGGGAGGAGGGCGGGGAGCAGGGCCCUAG